UUGUCAAACUCGGUGAAGAUGCCGGGUUUCAAACGAUAUUUCUCAGUGGUUGUCAAGGCGGAUAAUUCCACAGAUGAUGGUUCAGAAACUACCACUGUUUCCCCUCCUCCGCCAGCUGAUGGCUCCACGUCAUCUUCUAGUGAUGAAGGAUCCGAUUCGGGUUCGGAUGCCUCUCCUCCCAAUAACACAAACAAUAACGGCAACAAUAAUAAAAAUAGUAACAAAACUAGCAACACUUCACCGCCACCACCUGGAUCAAAUUCUGGCAAUAAUCAAGGAUCUGCGGAGGCUCCGGAUAACUCCGAAACACCACCAGCAUCACCACCCCCUCCGCAACCAUCAUCUUCGUCAUCAAAAUCACCGUCGGCAAAAUCGCCUCCCCCUCCACAAAAAUCCGGGUCUAAUUCUCCAACCCUUUCUCCUCCUCCGCCAAUUUCCAACUCAGGAAACCAGUCGCCUCCGCCGUCAACUAGUCAGAAAUAUCCACAAACCAGUGAGAAAUCGCCACCUCCACAAUCAAAGGAAAACCCAAGUCCAGUGACACCUUCCAACGAUGGCUCUCCACCUGCUCCGAGGACACAAACAACUGUACCAUCACCACCGGGGACACCUCCAUCACCACUAAAUUCCGCAGGGUUCCAUCCUCCCCCAACAAUUGAGUCCCCAUCAGGUCAGUAUGGCUCCGAAAAUGGCCCUUCAACUCACGGAAAUAUGCGUUCCUCUUCAUCAACCCAAGCUGGUUCGCUUGAUUCGGCUUCCAAUUCAAAAGAAGUGGGAAAUUCAGGGAACGCAGGUUAUGGGCACGAACAUGGGAAUUCGGCCACGACGGCUAUAAUUGUUGCAAGCACAGUGGUGGUGAGCGUAAUACUUAUUGCAUUGAUAGCAGUCAUCGUCGUUACUCGGAAGAAGAAUAAGAGACACCAUGGCCCUCCUUAUGCUCCUCCUUACAUGACUCCCCCCAAUAAUUUCUCUUCGAUGCAACAAUCGGACCCAUACUACUACGGACAAGGAGGUGCUCCAAAUUCAAUGGGUUACUCUAGCCAAAAUAACUCUUAUGGGUCACAACAACAUUCAGGGGCGUCUGGGAACGGGGGAAGCCAGAGAGGAAUGAGCUCCGGGCCAGAUUCUGGGCUUAUUGGAGGAGGGAAGUCCUUCUUCAGCUAUGAAGAGGUGAUGGAAAUGACGCGUGGAUUUGCUCGUGAGAACAUAAUAGGGGAAGGUGGAUUCGGAUGCGUAUUCAAAGGGUGGCAGCCUGAUGGGAAAAUGGUGGCCGUGAAGCAGCUAAAAGCAGGGAGUGGACAAGGAGAUCGAGAAUUCAAGGCCGAGGUUGAGAUCAUUAGUCGAGUCCACCAUCGCCACCUUGUAUCUUUGGUUGGUUACAGCAUGUCAGAUACGCAAAGGCUGCUCAUUUACGAGUUCCUCCCAAAUAAUACCCUUGAGUAUCACUUGCAUGCAAAAGGGCCAGGAUUGGAUUGGUCUCAAAGACUGAAAAUUGCCAUAGGAGCAGCCAAGGGAUUGGCUUACUUGCAUGAAGAUUGUACUUUUAAAAAUUUCCAGGUUGCAGAUUUUGGCCUAGCCAGACUAAAUGAUACAACUCAGACCCAUGUGUCAACUCGUGUGAUGGGAACAUUUGGGUACCUGGCUCCAGAGUAUGCUCAAAGUGGGAAGCUAACUGAUAGAUCGGAUGUGUAUUCAUUCGGGGUUGUGCUUCUAGAGCUAAUAACUGGGAGGAAGCCUGUGGAUUCAACUCGUCCCCUUGGUGAUGAAAGCUUGGUUGAAUGGGCUCGUCCACACUUGAUACACACGAUAGAGACAGGAGAUCUUGGCGAACUAGUUGAUCCUCGACUAGAGAAGCGGUACGUGGAAGCAGAAAUGUUGAGGAUGAUCGAGACUGCAGCUGCAUGUAUUCGCCACUCAGCUCCCAAGAGGCCAAGAAUGGUGCAGGUGGUGAGAGCUUUAGACAACGAGGAAAUAGGAGACCUCACCAAUGGGAUGAAGUAUGGACAAAGCACGAUAUAUAACUCCGGCCAGUACAACGAAGAGAUAAUGAAGUUUAGGAGGAUGGCACUUGGUUCAGACGACAGUGGGGAGUUUGGUUACAGCACCGGGGAUUUCUCCACAAGAGACAUGUCUUAUGGAGCACAUACAACCAAUUCCACAGGGGAAUACUCCAGUAGCGGGGAGUUGGAAACUCGAGCUAUUAACAGACCUUCGUCGAGAAAUUGGUAAAAGAAGAUAAAACACUCCAAUUAUCAUUCAUUCUGGUGGCAAAAAAUAAUCAGAAAGCUAAUGUUAAUCAAGUGCACCAUCUAGUACUUCAGUUCUCCCCCAAGCAUCAACAUUCUUUACUCUGUUCCCUCCAAAUCAUGAUGUAUAAAGAUAAAUGGAGAAGUUGAUGCUCGUCGAAAGCUUGUGGAAAUGUAAUUUUUGUGCAGAACGCAGUUUUCUCCUGAUCAUCUACCAACAUAUCUAUCCACCAUUACAAGAUGACUGUGAAGCAGAGACUGAAUAUACAAAACGAGGAACAAACUACAGCGGUCAUGUGUUAUUGAACCCAAGUGCUAAACUAAGCUGCUGAU